AUGUCUUCUUUAGUUGAAGCUAACUUAGAUUUUAAAAGGACUGGCCAUUGGGAGACAACAUAUGAUAAAGAGGAAGAGGAGAUGCUAAAAAGGUUGAUACUAAAUCUUUGCCAUGUCAAGGAGCUUAAAAUUGAGGGUUUCUGUUCUGAGAUUGUAUCUCGUUUGGAAGCAAAAGGUUACAUUUUUCCAUCAAAUAUCAAGUUUCCUGAUGUUACUAGUGAUUGGUCUGAUAGUGAUUCAGUUGAAAGCGAAGAUUAG